UGCGCGUUGGAGGCCCGAGCGGCCCAGCCCGCGGCCCGCUCCGUGUCAGUCAGUCAUGGAGCGGCCGCCCAGAGCCGCCGCUGCGGGGGCGGCAGGGCGCGGGGCGCGGGGGCCCGGCUGAGCCGGCCGUCGGAGCGAGACCCUGCGGCAGAGACGACGGAGGCGGAAGCAACCCGAUCCUGGAGGCGGCGGCGGCGGGAGGAGCCGGAGCCGCCUGGGAUGUUCAGUCAUGAAACGAGUGCGCACCGAGCAGAUUCAGAUGGCAGUGUCCUGCUACCUCAAACGCCGGCAGUACGUGGACUCCGAUGGUCCCCUGAAGCAAGGACUGCGGCUCUCACAGACUGCUGAGGAGAUGGCGGCCAACCUCGCAGUCCAAUCAGAAUCCGGCUGUGCCAACAUAGUGUCUGCAGCCCCUUGCCAGGCAGAGCCCCAGCAAUAUGAAGUACAGUUUGGACGCCUACGGAAUUUUCUCACUGAUUCUGAUUCCCAGCAUAGCCACGAAGUGAUGCCUCUCCUCUAUCCUCUCUUUGUCUACCUCCAUCUCAACCUGGUCCAGAAUAGUCCGAAGAGCACAGUGGAAAGUUUUUACAGCCGCUUCCAUGGAAUGUUUCUGCAGAACGCUAGCCAGAAGGAUGUCAUUGAGCAGCUACAGACCACUCAAACCAUCCAGGACAUCCUGUCUAACUUCAAGCUUCGAGCAUUCCUAGAUAACAAGUACGUGGUCCGUCUCCAGGAAGACAGCUACAACUACCUUAUCCGCUACCUCCAAAGUGACAACAACACCGCCCUGUGCAAGGUCCUCACCUUGCAUAUCCAUCUUGACGUGCAGCCUGCCAAGAGAACAGAUUACCAGCUCUAUGCCAGUGGCAACUCCUCUCGAAGCGAGGGCAGCGGCUUAGAGCCCACUGACAUGCCCGCCCCUAUUCUGCAGAACGAGGCUGCCCUGGAGGUCUUGCAGGAGAGCAUUAAGCGCGUCAAGGAUGGCCCUCCCUCCCUCACCACCAUCUGUUUCUAUGCCUUCUAUAACACAGAGCAGCUGUUGAACACUGCAGAAAUCUCCCCAGACAGCAAGCUGCUUGCUGCUGGGUUUGACAACUCCUGUAUAAAACUGUGGAGUUUACGAUCCAAGAAGUUAAAAUCAGAACCCCAUCAAGUAGACGUGUCCCGCAUCCACUUGGCUUGUGACAUUCUGGAGGAGGAGGAUGAUGAGGAUGACAAUGCGGGCACAGAGAUGAAGAUACUACGGGGACACUGUGGACCAGUGUACAGCACAAGGUUCCUCGCAGACAGCUCAGGGUUGCUCUCUUGUUCUGAAGACAUGUCCAUUAGGUACUGGGACCUCGGGAGUUUCACCAACACUGUGUUGUACCAAGGACAUGCCUACCCUGUGUGGGACCUGGACAUUAGCCCAUAUAGCCUGUACUUUGCCAGUGGGUCCCACGACCGCACCGCGAGGCUGUGGUCAUUUGAUCGGACGUACCCACUGAGAAUAUAUGCCGGCCACCUGGCAGAUGUGGACUGUGUCAAAUUCCACCCUAAUUCAAACUACUUAGCCACAGGCUCGACCGACAAGACUGUCCGGCUGUGGAGUGCUCAACAGGGCAACUCGGUGAGGCUCUUCACGGGCCACCGUGGCCCCGUGCUCUCUCUUGCCUUUUCUCCCAAUGGUAAGUACUUGGCGUCAGCUGGCGAGGACCAGCGGCUGAAGCUAUGGGACUUGGCCUCCGGGACCCUUUAUAAAGAACUGAGAGGCCACACGGACAAUAUCACCAGCCUCACCUUCAGUCCGGACAGCAGUUUGAUCGCGUCUGCGUCCAUGGACAACUCCGUGCGCGUCUGGGACAUCAGGAACACUUACUGCAGUGCGCCUGCCGACGGUUCCUCUGGGGAACUCGUGGGUGUGUACACUGGGCAGAUGAGCAAUGUACUCAGUGUGCAGUUCAUGGCCUGCAACCUUCUUCUAGUGACUGGAAUCACACAAGAAAAUCAGGAACAUUAAAUUUUUGUUUUUUAAUCUUUGUGGUAACGGACUGGGGCUGUAGUGGAAAGCCUCCAGGUUGCAAGUCGUAGGACAAAUUGAGAUUGAAUCACUGACUGUGAAAGACUUCCCGCUUCUCCCCCUUCUCCCGUACAGACAUCCUGAGCUCGUCUCCCCUGCACUCAGUCCCCCACGUGUCGAAGGACUGGAGGGGGAAGGUGCUGUGAUUGGACAUGAGAUGGAGCAUGAAGAGGCUCUGGGGGUCGGAUUGCAAGCUCUUACGGAGAUCCCGCCCGUGUCCUCGCGUGAGCACCUUCGUGUCUCUGUCUCAUUUUCCCGUGUGUCAACCCGAGAUGCUGCUUACCUCGCCGCCGGGUGCUGCCUUUGGUCCGAGGAUGGUUGCAGGGCACCCUCACGAGGAGUGGUGCCACGGAUCCCCGCUGCUCAGUCGGCGGGUGCAAGGGGGCUUUCCUGGCGUAGGAAUGCGGGGGUGGGAACUAGGAACGGGGGCGGGCAUCAUCCUGGCGAAAAGUCUUUCCUUUUCCGUAAUUACAGAGAACCAGGAUUUUUUAUUAUUAUAAUUAUAAUUAUUAUUAUUAUUGAGAAGAGGAAACCUAGCACUGGCAGAGGGGCCUUCUCUGCUCUCGUCUUUCAGGUUUUACUCCUGGCACUGGCUGUGAUACUUGGAAUCUUGAGGUUCAGGGAAUUCAGAGAAUUUGGUAGCACAGUGUUUUGGGAGAAAGGGAAACUUUCUGGGUGACGAUGGGUCACUCCGGCUGACAUGUGUCUAGAAGUGGGUGGGUGGGUUGGUUUGAGAAAGUCCUGGGCUCUGGCAGUGACGGUGGGAGAGGAAGAGUCUCCUCAUGGCUGCACUUGUAUGAACAGUUCUCUCCCCGGGAAGGACAGAUGGUGGUAAAGAAAUGAAAAGACUUUGAAGUGAUAAGGCAAAAGAUAGAAUUAGAAGAUGUGAAAUUUCCAAAUGCCCAUUUAUUCGGAGGUGUGGCUCGCUCAGUGUCUUUUCCUCCUGCCAUCAUUCGCUCCCACCUCCUGCAUUGCAAUAGCAGUUUAACGAACACUUUGUGAAACAAACCGUAAGUACAUACGCACGCAUCUAAAACUGUGCUUUGAGGAUAAAGCAAGUUCGAAUUCGUGGAAAAAGGAUUAAAUAUUUCUGUUUUCUGAAAAGAGUUAUUUUGUAUUUUGUUUUCUAUUAAAAUGUAUUUAGUUUCAAAAAAAA